AUGUCAGUAACAUUCUUUCCAAUUAUAAACAAUCCAAUGGAUUUAACAGCCGAACCAGAAAAUUCAGACAUACCAGACAACUCAACAGACACGAUACCAGACAACGGAACAGAUAAUUCAAAUAAGAUACCAGAUAACUCAACAGAUAAUUCAAAUAAGAUACCAGACAACGCAACAGACACGAUACCAGACGAUUCGUCAGAUGAUUUCGGCUUCAAUAAAGUGCCUGAAGCGAGGUUCGGUCCAGAUCGAGAAAUUGUGGAAAUCAAGUCCUUUAUUACAUUGGAUUGCCAUGCAGUAAAGCUGGAUAUAAGUAAAGCUACUCCAACCAGGAAAACAGAAUGGUGGUCAGAUUUCGAGUUUGGUGACUUUGUAAGACCAAAGAACAAAGUUUACGGGUUGGUGGUAGAUGGCGAUCAAGUUAUUUGGAAAUCUACAAAACCAAAUGAAUCUGGUUUGAAAGUCGAGUUGUUUUAUUUAUUGGAUAAACCUGAUAUGGUAAUAAUCCUGCUAGCAAACCUACGCCUUCAUAUAUCACAGAAAUAUAAAUGUGAAGAGUGUGAAAAAAUGACACAAUGGGAGAGAAUAUAUGAAUGGAGGAAUAAAAGUCCUUGCAAAAGCUGUAAGGCCCGUGAUGAAUGGAUUGAUGUGUCUGACAAGUACCUUGAUCCGGCUAAAUUUAGAUUCACCCCAGCAGACGUGAAACCGGAAAAACAAACUAUGAACUAUGAAGUAUCGCUGGGGGGUUACAAUUAUGAAAUUAAACUAGAAGAACCGUGCACUUACCUUACCUACGGAGAUAGAAUAUUAUUUGAUCAAAGGGGUAAAACAAAAGGCCUAUCAGUAAUCAAGAUUAAUUAUCACAUUGUAGGUAUGACUUUAAUGCUUAAGCUGACUAAUGGAAAAUUUCUACAUAGGAAAUACAAGCCGGAAAACAAAAUCAAAUCCCAAAAUUUAACGAUGUCUUAUUAUAAUGAGGAAAUCUACAACGUCAGUAAGUAUUGCAAAGAAUGCACAACAAAGAACUAUACUUUUUGGGAGCCGAUUAGGGAAGAGAGAUUCAAAAAAACAUGGAUAGAGCCUGUAAAAAAGAGAAAACACAAAUAAUAAUCUAACUAUGAAUUUGUUACAAAUAAUACAUAA